AUGUGAUAAAAUGAAUGUAAACAAGAAAAGCUAGUGUUCUUUAAAAACUUUAGGAAGACGUUUAACUUAGAAUUAUAUUUAUUAAGCCCAACAACAGAUAUGACUAUUUAAUUUUAAUAAAUGGUUAGAACUAGACAGUACCCAAAAUUAAUCAAGAUUUUAAUAUUUAAAUAAUUGCUCGAAUUUAGUCAUUUUAAAUGGUGAGAAUCAUGUUCAUUGAAUCAUUGUCACUGACUCAUACUCAUAUAUAGUAUUAUUAUAUAGUCAUAGUCAUAACAUAAAACUAUUCAAAAUCAAAGCCUUGGUGGCCGAAGACAUUUUUUCUUCACAAGUCUUGAAAUAAACUAACGCUGUACUUGCUUACUUACUCCUUUGGAAUAAGAAAGAGAAAUUUUAUGAUUGGAGAAAAUGCUUUAGCCUAAAUGCAAGGAAAUGUUUUAAAACAUUAUUGCGAAAGUAGGCCUCAAUUAGGUUGUCGUGAAAGUUUUAUGGCCAAGACACUGCAUGAUUGAAUUAUUUUUAUUCUUAUUACAAUGAUAAUAUCAUGUCAAGGCUAAGACCUAAGAGACCAAUCUCAACUGUCAAUAGACAAUAGAGGAAGUUACGUAGACGUAAGUUUCUAAUUGUGACGUUAACUUUUGACCUUAGAGAUUUUUAUAUACCUUUUUAUUUUAAAAUACUUAAAUAAGGAACCUAAAUUACAUUAAUAAAUCAUAAAAUGUUAAGUUCUCAGAGAUGUUGCAUACCUGACCAGUCAGUGACUAGAAGCAAAACCAUGGCAAGUAAACAAGGCUCUGAUCAGAUAGAAACAAGAGAUACACGACCCUUGCUAAGAGAAGUUACUGAAAGAAAUGGGUUUCCCAAUGGUUAGUUGCUUCAUUUUAAAAUUUAUUUUGUGUUCAUAAAUAAAUAUUUGCAUGCUCUCAUUAACUUCAUCCAGAUUAUCAUAGGUUGUCAAUUAAAAUCAUAAGAUAUAUUAUUUUAUCUCCCAGAUUUGUAACCAAAAAAUAUCAAGAUUCUCAGAGACUUUGUAAAAUGGGUAUUUCUUUAGUAGUCUUUAUUGCAUUGAGCAUCUUUAAAUUUAAAUGGAACAACAAACUUCAUUUUCAAUUUUGUUUUUUUUGUUUUUUUACAGUUACCAUAAAAUUUUGUUGAAUUUGUUCAAUUCUUUCAAUUUUCUUUCAUAAAUAUGAGUUUUCCAUAUUUUGAUUAUAAAUGCAUAAUUUAAGUUUCACUUGAGUGCCUUAUUUUAACUCUUUAAUGCACAUGGUUUUACUCUCAAGAUGUGCCGUAAGUUGAUUGGCUGAAAAUUACAUUGAAUUAUUGUAUUAACAAAGGUUACAAGGAAGGAAAUAGUGAACAAUAUACGUUAGGCUUGAAAUGAAAUUUUUAAAAAUUUGUCAUGUCUUUUUAACUCUCCAUAUUUAUUUCACAUGGCUUUUUUUACAAUACCUCCCAGUUUAGAUAUGUUUUCUGGGUUUGUUUGAUAUAUUCUGUAUUGGUGUAAAUCAAAAUUGUAAAAAUAUAAUUUAAUUUGUCCUGUUUGAAUUACGAUACCGUAAAAUGUCUGGUUUAUAUUUUUAGUAUCAGAACUUAAAAAUAUGAAUUGUGUACCUCAGUAGCACCCCGUAAAACCUGCUUUGAUAUUUCCAAGUUUGAAUGCUUAAAAAUGGGGUAGGCCUAGUAUUAUAAUUAUCGCCCCUAUGAGCUAUAUUAAUUUUUUUUUCUAAAAGCCAUCACAUUUGGUUUAAUGUUAAAGAUAAAUAAAAUCAUUGAUUGCUGAUAAUAUUAAAUAUGCAUCCCAACUUUUAAGUGUUUAAAUACAUUUUUUUUUUACAAUAAAUCUCAGAGUCUGAUGAAACCCCUGCGAAUGGUAAAUGGUGGCGUGAAGUACAACCAUACAGUACAUACGUCCUGUUUGUCCUUCUCCUUGCCUACCUCUUCAAUCAACUGGACAGAUACAUGCUGGCCAUCACAAUUAUCCCGAUGGCUCAAGAGCUCAAGUUUGGUGAUCAGGGAUGUGUGAGAAAUGAAUCUGUAAAGACAUUUGACCAUCAUAUUGCCUGUAAUGGUACCCAUGAAGAUAGGUAUUUACAUACUGAACCUUUAAAGCAGUAGAAGGUGUGGUCACUCAGGCUGUAAGGCUCUAGGUCUAGUUAUUAGCGCUUUUUGGCUAUAUUGUGAUGGUCCUGUGCUGAAGUUAAGUGGGUAGGUGUCAAUUUAACAUUAUGCAAUCAAACUAAUUGAGCCACAUAAUAUUUUAGUCUAAGUGAAUGAAGUAUGAAUUAGUUGUAAAAAGUGGGACUUUCUCUAGUCAGGAUUAUCAAAAGGUGCUUGGUGCAGAAUCCCAAUUGGUGCAAGUUAACUUUGCAUUAGCAGUAACAAGUAGCACCAACUUAACUCUCCACAUUUCUUGAUCUGUGUGUGUCCAAUUAUGAAAUGAAACAUAGUAAACUUGGAAGGAAAUAAAAAUCAAACAUGAUAUGUAUACAGCUGGGGACAUUUUGUAGCUGUAGUCUUUACCUACUUUACCAAUCAUUGUCACACGUCAAUUAUUUAACCUAACGCUGUUUAUAUCUCCUUUAGCUGCCUGGACAUUUUAAGCCCUAACCAUACAUCUGCUUGUAAAUGGGACUACAAUGGUCAAGGCUGGGACUAUCAGAUUCUUGCUGGUCCAGUCUUCAUCCUCAUCUAUACCUUUGCCGGCAUAUUCAUCGGCUUUGCCGCUGACAUUUACAACAGGAAACUGAUGCUGGCGUGCUGUUUGUCCUUCUGGUCAGCCAUGACUCUUUUAACCGGAUUAGUAACAGAGUACUGGCAACUUGUGAUACUUAGGUUUGGCCUGGGACUUGGGUGAGUGAAUUUUAACAUGCAUUUUUAAUUCUCAGAAAAAUGUUUUCUACCAGGGCACAUAAUGAAAUUAUAACAUACAGUUUCAAUAAAGAUAUUCUUGGUAAAAAUCAACAGCUUCAAUAAAACAGGAUGUUUCUUUCAUCCCAACACAUGGUUGGGCUGGAGAGUAGAGAAACAGGAAGGGAAAGAAAAGAAAAAAAAUUCUUACUUUAAAAAAUUGUCUUGUUCGAUCUAUUUUUGUUAAAUCUAAUAAUUACAGUAAUGUAUUUUUUUAUAGUCCAUUUAAAAAAUCAAAACAAUUUUAAAUUUUAAAAUAUACAAGUUAAUAUAUUAGUAUUUUGUCCACGGCACCUGCAGGGAAGCUGGUUGCACACCAUUUGCAGCGUCUUUGAUCGCUGACUACUUCACACAGGGGAUGCGUGGCUCGGCCAUGGGCGUAUAUAACUUUGGCAUUUACUUUGGUUACGGCCUGUCAUAUGCCCUGGGCAACUUCAUAACUAUUGCCAACAUUAAUGGACAGGUAAUAUAACGUUUUACAGCUCUUACUGAUAAGAAAAUCUUUACAAUGGACAAAGCAGAGCAUAAAAAGCAUCCUGUGUUGACUUUGUAGAUUUUGAAAGAAAAAAAAAUUACUUGUUUAUCCAAACUGAUGAAUCUGUGUUAAAAAAAUAGAAUUUUAACCAAGUUAUUUGUAAUUAUUUUACAAAGAGCCUUAUUAACUUAUUUAAUUUAUAUAUAAAACCUAAUGAAAAAUUCAGUCAUGAUCAGUUAUUUUUAUUAUUGCAUUCCGUCUCCCUUUAGGGCUGGCGCUGGGCUUUUAUUAUUCCGGGUAUUCCCGGCAUUCUACUUGGUAUUUUAAUUGCUGUAACUUUACGUGAGCCCGAGCGAAGCACCAAGCAAGGGAAGAAGCAGCUUGAAGACUCCAUAACUACUCGACCAGUCCAUGAAGAUAAAAUCCCUUGGACAACUAGACUCGGCAGAAUUUUUCAGACUUUCCUUAGCCCAUCUUUGUUUUUGCUUUGCAUGGCAGGCUCCAUAAGGAAUGCAGGUAACAAUUUAAUACGUUCACUGUGAUUUUGCAGGGUAUUGCUAUUCAACUUUUUGAGCUGUUGAAUAAUGGUUUAAUUUUUAUGGCAUUUUUACCACAUCUAUUGAUGGCCAUAAGGCACAGUUGUCAAUAAUUAUUAUGCUCCGUGCUUCUGCUGCUUGUUCAAAUUAUAAUUUUUAAAUCCUUUAUGUUAACUUCGCUUUUGUUUGUGGCUGGCAAAAUGUUCUGAUGGCUAAUUGACUAACUUCCCUUCAAGCUAUCGAGCUGAAACUUGGCACAUAUACUCAUUACAGAUGACAACACAUUCUUUUAAAUUUUCAGCCCCAUCCCCCCUUCCCAACCCUGAAAAAUCAGUUUUUCCUGUUUUUGACGGGGAAGAUGAAAGUAAAUUCCCUGACUCUUAAUAAAAUCUAUUGCAAGUGAGUUUGGUGCUUAAUAAUUUCUUUUCUUAAUAUAGCUCAGGGGCAUGAAAAAGAGUGUGGUUGUGAGCGGGUGGGGUGGGGGGGGGGAAGCACUAAUUGGGAUUGUUAUAAAGGGCGUUACUUGUAUGCAUGUUUUGUCAAAUUUUCAGCCCCCCCCCCCCCCCCCCCCCCCCCCCCCCAUGUCUUGAUAUUACAUUUUAUAAAGGAUCUAUACGCAAACCUUUGCUCUCGUGGGUUGUUGAAUUUCUGUUGUGUAGGAUCAAGUUGAUUGCACUUGUAGUGGUCAUGUUUUUAUAGGUUUUUAAUUAAGAUCAUUUGGCGUUAGGAACGGUUGAGGAUGUAGGGUGAGAACCGGUACCGGUACAUGUUGUGUCUGCAGAUGUUAAUCAUUUUCAUAGUCCUUUAGUGCAGGGGUCGGCAACCCUUGUAGUCAUGAUGUUCCCACGCGAGCUUUCUAAUUCAUUCAGCAUCCUAACGAGUCUGUAAGUCUACCACAUGGGUCUUCAAACUUUUUCGUCAUGGGCACCUGUUCACUGUUACUUGGACGCUUGGAGGCCAGUUCUUUCUACCACAGACACUGUUGUGCUUUGUCGUAGGACUACCAUAAUAUGAAUGAAUUCCUAUGCACAUUGCACAUAUUUUAUUUGUAGGGAAAUAAAACAUAAAAAUAAAAACACCACAAUAUUUAAAAUGAAGAACAAUUUUAAACAACAUAAAGUUAUUAGAGAUUUCAGUGUGAUUUAUGGGGCAGGUAACAAUGUAAAAAUUAUUAUAUUUCAGUGCGAUGUAUGGGGCUGGUAACAACAUAAAAAUGAUUAUAAUUCAGUGUGAUGUAUGGGGCUGGUAGCAACAUAAAAAUGAUUAUAUUUCAAUGGGAUGUAUGGGGCAGGUAGCAACGUAAAAAUGAUUAUAUUUCAAUGGGAUCUAUUGGCCUGCGUUUGGCUAGAUAGAUGAUCAAUGUCUGUUUCUAUAUUCAUCACUGCUACCCAAGUAUGAUGGCCAGGUGGGCUGGGUUAAGUACCCCUUUGCGGGCCGGAUCUGGCUCACAAGUCAUAGUUUGAGGACCUCUUGUCUACGGUUUUAUAAACAUCUUCGAACCAUUUAUUAUAAUUUUUUUUUUUUUAUUUCAUAUUCUGUUGAAAAUAUCGCAGCUGUAGGUUGUGACCCCUGGUUUUUAAAUACCGGUAUCAUUUAAUUUGUUUGUUUUGCUUGUACAGGCGGAUAUGUUUGGGCCUACAAUACUCAACCUUACUUUGAGGCAACAAACGUCUCCAAAGAGACCGUCGGUUCCUACAUGUCUUGGAUCCCAUUGGUUGGGGGCAGCCUAGGGGUCCUCUUUGGGGGUUUCAUCUCUGACCGAGUUGUAAAGAGACGGGGGCUUUAUGCCAGGAUAAUUGUUCUUGUUGUCAGCCAGGUAGGUGACCCGAGUGUGUAUUUGAUUCAUUGGCUUUGUCGAAUGCAGUUUUUGAUAAACUAGACCUAAAGUUUGUGAAGUCUCCCAACCACAUGUUGUAUUUGUUAACUAAGUACAUCUCAUCAGACAAUUAAAUAAACUAACUGCGAGAUAAUAACAUAAAAGAAGAACAACAUGUGCCUUACUCUUAAUCAUUUGCAUUGUGCUUUCAUUUCAUCUGAUGUAUUCACAUACAUAUUGGUUUUAAAUUUCAAUUCAGCUGUAGCAACACUUUCAAAUCUUUUACAUUAUAGCAUAUUUUAUAACUCCUAGUUAUUAUUUGAUUGUACAUAGUAUGUUAUCUUUUCAUGUUUCUUAAGUUUCUGGCCGCUCCAUUUGCUGCUGGUGCCCUGUUCCUAGACGUACCAUAUGCUUUCAUCAGUCUCAUCCCAGCCAAUAUCUUGGGUAAGUGAUUUGUUCAUUCACUGUACAUCAAUAGUUUAACAUAAAGCUACUGUAUUUUUUUUUUUACAUAUAAACAAAAGUUACAUAUUGGAACUGCUUUGCGGUGCAUUGGUAAAUUAUCAGCCAGCCUCAUAACCAAACAGCAGGUUUGAAUUCAUCCAGGGUCAUCCCCAAACAAUGGGCAGUUGUGCUUGAAGAGGAGGUAACAUUCCUCAACCAACGAGAUCAGCAGCCAGGACCCAACAAACAUAGACAGUACAUUGUCUCUUUCAUCUAUUUCUUCGCAUAAAUAAAAAAAAAUUUAAGUUAUAAUUAAAAUAUAUAGGGUACAUAUAACUAGAGCAUACCAUUAGACAUACGGCAAACAGUUAAACCAAAAAGUUACAUUUGUUUUAAUUUAAGCUAAUAAGUAGAAACGAUUUUGAUCAUAUUGCACACAUUUAUUUUCAUAUAUUGAAUGAAAAACAAAGACAAUAAACAUUCUGAUUAAGAUAUCUAUUUUCAACUUCAUACAAUUUUAAUGUUUCAGUUACACAUUUUAAAAAUGGUUUUCGAUUGCAAAAAAUCAGCCUUGGAUUAGGCGCGGGGGGGGGGGGGUUGUCUAAGUAUAUGGAUUUUAAUGAAUUGUUUCAAUUUAAAUCUGCCCAAAGAUUAAAUUCAUCUUUGCUUUGGGCAGGAUUGUUUUCGAUUGCAAAAAAUCAGCCUUGGAUUAGGCGCGGGGGGGGGGGGAUGUCUAAGUAUAUGGAUUAUAAUGAAUUGAUUCAAUUUAAAUCUGCCCAAAGAGUAAAUUCAUCUUUGCUUUGGGCAGGAUUGGGAAGAAGAAAUUCAUAAAGUCCCUAUUAGAUUUCCAUUGAUUUUCUCAUGUUUACCUUAUGUUACUUUUGAUAACGAACCAAAUAGGAGGGAUUUAGUUUUUCAAAAAACCUCAAUUCUUUAAAUAAGAAUUGAAUUAGUCGCAUUCAUUGUAUUAAGAGGCACAUAUUUUACACCAGAGAAAAUAAUGUGCUGCAACAACCUUUUCCAUGAUCACACUUGAAAAAUUAAUUUUUUAAACACUAUUUCAAAAUCAAACAGGGGAGAUGUGGGUUGGCGUGACCCUGGCUGUUGUUGUGGAGCUAGUCCCAAGCCACAUGCGUACAUCGGCAGUCGCAUUUUACUUGUUCAUCAUAUCAAACAUUGGGGGCAAUGUGCCUCUCCUUGUGCCGCUAAUAGAGAAAUCGUUUGAAAACAAUGGCUACACAAAGACAGAAUCUCUCAGAGGUCAGUAGAUAACUUUUAAUUUCACAAACACAUAUCAGGCUAGACAUGGUUAUGCCAUCUUUCCUGGCCCAAAUGUAGUCUUCUCAUGGAAACAUUUUAUGAAGUUAUUGCUAAAAUUUACUUUUUGUUAAAUUUAUGUUUAUCUAUUUAGUGUUCACAUUUUAUCUUUUUUUUCCUCUUCCAAUUAUUAUUGUUUCAUUUUCAUGUCAUUUUGUAAAAAAUUAAUAAUCAUGAAGCAAUGCAAAAAUGACUUUUUAAGCAAUGGGUUUUGUACAUAAAUGAAACAAUUCAGAAAUAAUUUUUUUAUUUUUAAAAUUGAGUAGAUAAAUUUUUGUUCUGCAUGAUAUUUGUUUAUUUGAAAAUCUAAUGAGACUAGAAGGUGUGUCAAUUGAGGUUUGGUACCGGUAUAAGAGAAUGUGAUUGGUGGAAAUUCUUUGUGUGUUUUUAUCACAUCUUAAUUCGUUAUUGUAUGAUUGCACCUUAAGGGUACUUGUAUUGCACAUUGAACAGGUGUCCUUGUGUAGAAUUUUAAAGAAAAAUUUAAUUAGGUCAAAUUCUGGUUAAUCUCUUUAAAAUACCAUAUCUAAAGAAGAACUUAAGAUGUGAAUUGCACCUUCAUGUGCACAUUAGAGAUAAAAAUAAAGCACACUUCAUUUUAUCUCUCUCAGGAAAUAAAUGUCUGCUACUGGUUGUUUGUUAGGAUAAUAGCAAUGUCCUGGCAUCUUUUUUUGUUGUUGUAGAAAACCACUUCAAACUUCAAUUGGUACUGGACAAUCAUUUUAAAAAACAAAAGAUAUUAAUGGCGGGUUUUUAAUCCAUCUUCCAUCGCAUUUGAAAGAGUUUAAUAUGUUAAGCAGUGUGAGGUUACAGAUAAAGAAAUAUAGGACAUCAUGGCAUUUGUUAUGAUUUAGUCAUUUUUUCUUGCCCAGUUUGAGCCAAUUUACUGUUUGAGAUCCCCUGUAUCAAAGAGUGUUGCUGCUUUCAUUCAUUGUUCUAGACAUGCCAAUGCAUUUGCAUAAACCAAGACAGUGAUGUAAAUGGGUGUCAGGCAACUACAGGGUGACUGAUGAUUUUAACCUGGGGAGCCUUGAUUCUCAUGUUUCGUUCAAUCCUCAUUUGAAAAAAAAAAUUGUUGGCUCCUGAGAAACAGGGGUCCUAAAUUAUGUUUGUAUUUGUCCACCCCUGGAUGUAGAUAAUGAUUUGAUGGAAGUCAUAGCAGUGUAGAUGCUGUUAGAUCAGACUGUCAGGGUUCUUCUGACUGCCCCAGUUAAUGAUUUAAGAUGCUACUAUCCAAAAGUAGAACUACCAUUUGAAAGUAGGCCCUCUAGGCCUGUUUGAAACAAGGCUAACUGUUUGUCUGAAGUAGACCUUCUGUUUGAAUGUAAAAUAAAAUGAGUAAAACAGAGUUAAACCUGAAAAAAUAAACGCAACAAAACAGUGAACGUGUCGGCAGAAAGCCUUCGUCAACGGACAAAACAACAGAAAAAACGGUAUAAAAAUAAAAAUAAGAAAUAGCACUUAGCUGGUAAGUAGUAUCUGUGGGCAGCAAUAGAAGUGUGGCAGAAGGAAAGUAAAUGAGAGGUUAAAUAUGCAACGGCAAAAAAAAGGGAUCGAAAAAACUUCAAUGUGAUAGGUCAGAACGUGGAGGGGCGGAGCUAGGGUCAAGCUGUGAACAGAGACAUAAGAUUAAUCCCAUCUGGCGUCAAAGUGCAGUAAGUCGGGAUAAGCCUGUGUUCCAAAUUGUAGACCUACUGUUUGAAACUAGGCCUACUGUUUGUUCGAAAGUAGGUCUACCGAUUGAAAGUAUUUUGUACCGGUACGACCUGUGUCUCUUUCAUUCAGCACUGUUGCAAAGCACUUCGCUAGACCUACACAUCAUUAUAUUCCACAGGCGCCCUGUACAUCCUCUACCCUGGCCUCUACAUUGCUGGGGGUCUCCUGUUCCUGCUGACCAUGUUUGUCGUCAAGAGAGACCAGCGGCGGGCCCAGAUGGAGGUUGUCAACAUGGAGGAACCCUGAGAGAUUACUACCUCUUGUUGUUUGUUGUUUUUUUUUUUUUUUGGUGGUAU